AUGUCCUCCGCUGCGGACCCCAACAAUGUCGAUUAUCGUCUGCCGACGAACGUCAAACCGACGCACUAUGACCUCACCGUGCGCACGGACCUCCCCGCCGCGCGCUUCGACGGUGUCGUGAAGAUCAGCCUGGAUGUGAAGGAGGAGACAUCGUCGAUCGUCCUCAAUACCAAGGAGCUCAAGCUCAGUGGCGUCUCGCUUUCGUGGGGAAGCCCCCGCGCGGAGAUGGCGCCCAAGGAUAUGGCGUUCGAUACUGCGAUGGAGAGGGGGAUAUUGACGUUUCCUAGCAAGCUACCGAAAGGCGCGAAAGCGCAGCUUAGGAUUGCAUUUGAAGGCGAGCUUACGGGCGCGAUGAUGGGAUAUUACAAGUCGGUUGGAGGCGCAGAUGGGAAGGAGGUGUAUGCGCUGACGCAGUUCGAGCCUACCGCCGCGCGCAAGGCGUUCCCGUGCUGGGACGAGCCCCUGCUCAAGGCGACCUUCGCGGUCACGCUCAUCUCGCGCGCAGACACGGUCGCCCUGAGCAACAUGUCCGCCAAGUCUGAGUCGGUGUACGAGCCUGGCGCAGACGACAAGGACGGCACCGUCGCGUGGCUCGCGGAGAAACUUGCGGCUCUGACGAUCACGGAGAAAGAUGCGCAGGCGGAUAAGUGGAAGAUCACCAAGUUCGAGACGAGCCCACCGAUGUCGACGUAUUUGGUCGCGUUUGCGAAUGGCCGGUUCAAGUACCUGGAGGACUCAUACACCAGUCCACUCAGCGGGAAGACGCGCCCUUUGCGUGUCUACGCGACGGAGGAAAUCAUCGGCAAAGCUGCGUUCGGGCUCGAGGUCAAGAAGAAGGUUCUCCCGCUCUACGAAAAGGUGUUCGAUAUUGAGUAUCCGCUGCCGAAGCUCGACACGCUCGUUGCGCACGACUACGAUGCUGGCGCAAUGGAGAACUGGGGCUUGAUUACGGGGCGGACGACAGCGUACCUGCUUGAUCCCAAGUCGGGCGACCUGCAGACGAAGAAGGCGAUCGCGAGCACGCAGUGCCACGAGGUCGCGCAUAUGUGGUUCGGAGAUAUCACGACGAUGGCAUGGUGGGACAACUUGUAUUUGAAUGAAGGUUUUGCGACUCUGAUGGGCGAGGCUAUAGACAAGAUCUUUCCGGAGUGGAAGUUGCACUCGGCGUUCAUCUCUAAUCACCUCGUGUAUGCAAUGGGUGUAGAUGCCAAAUUGUCUUCACACCCCAUCGAAGUCGAAUGUCCGGAUGCGAACAUGGUCAACCAGAUUUUCGAUGGACUCUCGUACUCCAAGGCUGCUUCAGUGCUACGCAUGCUCUCGAAUUACGUCGGCGAGGAUCGCUUCCUCAAGGGCGUGUCGAUCUACCUCAAGAAGCAUCUUUUCGCGAACAGUGUCACGACGGACCUCUGGGAGGGCAUCCAGACUGCGACGGGUCUGGACAUCCCAAAGAUGAUGGAUGCUUGGGUCAAGAAGAUGGGCUAUCCGGUCAUAACUGUCAAAGAGUUAGAUGGUGGGAUUCAGAUCCGCCAGGAUCGUUUCCUCGAGACGGGGCCCUCGGAGGCGAAGGACAAUGAGACUCUCUGGACCAUCCCUUUGAGCCUCUUGACCGUGACCAAGACGGGUGAAGUGACCGUAAAUAAGGAUGCCGUCCUCAACGAGCGCGAAAGGUUUAUCCCGCUCGACGUCAGCCAGCCUUUCAAGCUGAACGCGGGGACAGUCAGCUUUUGCCGUGUGCUUUACUCUCCGGAACGGCUCGUCAAGAUCGGCCAGGAGGCGGUCAAGACGCCGUCGCCGCUAUCGAUCGAGGACCGUAUGGGCCUCGUCGACGACGCGCUCGCGCUUGCCAAGGCAGGGUUCACGAAAGUCAGCAGCGCGCUUUCCCUCAUCGACGUGUUUCGCCACGAGCAGGAAUACUUGGUGUGGAGCAGUAUUGCUGCAAACCUUACGUUGCUUAGGUCAGUAUGGUGGGAGCAUGAGAACAUUGUGGAGAAUGUGCAGAAGCUCCGCAGGACACUGCUCGGCCCUAUCGUAGAGCGCCUUGGCUACAAGUAUUCAGACUCAGAUUCGGCAGACACGCGCGAGCUACGCACGCUCGCGAUCUCGCAGGCAGCGGGAGCACAGCAUCCAAGCGUUGUAAAGGAGUUGCGUGAGCGCUUUGCACAUUAUAUGAAGACGGGCGAUGACUCGAACAUCCCGUCGGAGCUCGAGCGUCAGGUCUAUAGCACGGCUGUGUACCACGGCGGUCGUGCGGAGUGGGACGCUGUCCAGGCAGUUCUGAAGAAGCCAAAGAACCCGACGACCGCGGUCGCAGCGAUGCUAGCGAUGGGUAAUACGCAGGAUUUGCAGCUUGCGCAGGAGACGUUUGAUUAUAUGAUGAAGGAGGCGAGGGACCAGGAUGUUAUGUACUUCUUCGUGGGGUUGUCGAGAAACGACAAGACGAGGAGGUUCUUGGCGAAGGCGUUUAAGGAUAACUACGAUGCGUUGUACAAGCGGUUGGAGGGGAACUUUAGCAUGCAGAACCUCGUCAAAUUCUCGUUUAGGACACUCUCAACGGACACUGACUACGAGGAGACGGCUGAGUUCUUCAAGGGUAAAGACACCUCGAAGUACGACAUGGCGCUGAAGCAGACUCUGGAGGACAUCGCGUCGAAGGCAUCGUGGAUCAAACGAUCGACGACGGAUAUUCAGCAAUGGUUCAAGGAAAAGAAUGGCGGAGCGAGCCUAUGA